AUGAAGAUCUCAACGCUAGUUACAGCUGCCUGUGUCGCUUUUCAGGGCACAGCAGCAGCCGUCGUUUCGGGCAAGCCGUCUACUUUCAUUAGAGACUAUGAUAAGCGCGACUUGCUUCAGGAUGUCGUCACCUGGGACGAGCAUUCCUUAUUCAUCCAUGGGAAACGUGCUAUGAUUUUCUCGGGAGAAGUUCAUCCUUGGAGACUUCCCGUGCCUUCGUUGUGGCUUGACCUUUUCGAAAAGAUCAAGGCACUUGGAUACAACACUGUGUCGUUCUACGUCGACUGGAACCUUCUUGAGGGGAAGCAAGGAGAGUUCAGAGCAGAUGGCGUAUUUGCUUACGAGCCCUUCUUCGAAGCCGCUACUAAGGCCGGAAUUUGGUUGAUUGCACGUCCGGGUCCAUAUAUCAAUGCAGAAGUAGCAGCAGGCGGACUUCCAGGCUGGCUGCAGCGUAUCAAAGGCAUGAUCCGCACAAAUGCGGAUGACUACAUGGAGGCAACAGAAUUAUAUGUUGCUUCGAUCGGAGCCAUAAUUGCAAAGGCUCAAAUCACGAACGGCGGCCCAGUCAUUCUAUAUCAACCCGAAAACGAGUAUUCGGGAGGCAUACCGCCCGCUGUAUUUCCUGAUGCGCCUUACUUCCAACGUGUCAUUGACCAGGUGCGCAAAGCCGGGAUUGUCGUUCCACUCAUUAACAACGAUGCUUGGUCUGGUGGCCAUAAUGCUCCAGGGACUGGGCUCGGAGAGGUGGACAUAUAUGCUCACGACAACUACCCAAUUGGAUUUGAUUGCUCCGAUCCCACAGUGUGGCCAGCAAAUGGGCUGAGGACUGAUCAAUACUCGACCCGCGUUGAAAUUAGCCCCAACACCCCCUAUACGAUCCCCGAGUUCCAAGGUGGUGCAUUCUCACCUUGGGGAGGAUGGCCCAUUGACAAAUGUGCCGAGCUUGUGAACCAAGAGGCCGAGCGUGUGCUCUACAAGAAUAACUACGCUGCUGGUAUCUCCAUCAUGAACCUCUACAUGACCUAUGGUGGAUUGAACUGGGGAAACCUCGGUCACUAUGGUGGUUUCUCGACUUACGACUACGGCGCUGCGAUUAAAGCUGACCGAACCAUAACGAGAGAAAAGUACAGCGAGGCCAAGCUACAAGCCCAAUUCCUCAAGGCUUCGCCAGACUAUUUAACUGCAGUUCCAACGAACCUUUCAACUACGCUCUAUACGGACAAUGUCAAUCUUGCUGUGACUCCAGUUAUUGGCAGCGAGGCGCCAUCAUCGUUCUACAUUGUGAGGCACAAUAUUUAUAACAGCACAGAGACAACGACCUACAGAUUAAAUAUUGCAACAAGUGCAGGAAAGCUGACCGUUCCUCGACUAGGAGGAAAGUUGACUCUCAAUGGCAGAGAUUCCAAGGUUCAUGUCACUGAUUACAAUGUGGGAGGGACAACCCUUCUAUAUUCCACCGCGGAAGUAUUCACAUGGAAGAAGUUUGAUAGCGGCAAAGUCCUGAUUCUGUACGGAGGUCCAGAGGAGCUACACGAGGCAUCUAUCGUGUCAACUGCCAAGCCAACAAUAAUUGAAGGCAAAGGAGUCACCACGAAGUCGAUCGACGGAAAUGUCGUGCUACAGUGGAAGACAUCGGCUUCGCGCAGCAUUGUAAAGAUCGGUGACCUGUCUGUGUAUAUCCUUGAUCGCAAUUCUGCUUAUAACUACUGGGUUCCAGAUCUCGCAGACGGAUCUGCUGUCAUAGUCAAGGCUGGAUAUCUGGUUCGCACAGCCGCAACAAAGGGCAACACCCUUCAAUUGACCGGUGACUUCAACGCAACGACCCCAUUUGAGGUUAUUGGCGCUCCAAAGUCAGCAAAGAAAUUGACAAUCAACGGCCAACCUGUCGCUAUCGAAACAAGCAAAUCCACCGGAUCAUGGCAUGGCCUUGUUAAAUACCAGCGCCCAUUUAUCAAUAUCCCAGACCUGGAGCGUCUUCAAUGGAAAUCUACCGAUGCCUUGCCCGAGAUUCAAACCAGCUAUGCCGAUUCAGCAUGGCCUUCUGCGGACAAGAAAACCAGCACAAAUACUUAUCGUAACCUGACUACCCCAACCAGUCUUUACUCUAGCGACUACGGUUUCCACUACGGGUAUCUUAUCUAUCGCGGACAUUUCGUUGCAACUGGACAGGAGACUACCAUCACCAUUUAUACUCAGGGAAGGAACGCAUACGGUACUUCCGCAUGGCUCAAUGGAGUGGACCUGGGCUCAAAUGCUGGCGAUGCAAUUGUUGGCGAUACCAACACAACAUACACCCUUGGCAAGCUCUCCAAAGGAAAGAAAUACGUCCUGACAAUGUUGAUGGACAAUAUGGGAUACGACGGAAACUGGGUUAUCGGGUCUGAUUCAAUGAAGAACCCGAACGGGAUAUUGCACUACGAAUUCGCGGGGAGAAAGCAAUCGGAUAUCACUUGGAAACUCACAGGAAACCUUGGCGGCGAAGAUUAUGUUGAUAAGACUCGUGGUCCACUGAACGAAGGCGGCCUGUUCCCUGAAAGACAAGGCUGGCAUCAGCAGAAGCCUCCCACUAACGGCUGGAAAGCUUCAAAGCCCACAACCGGUAUAUCCAAAGCAGGAGUCGCCUUCUACACUGCUGAGUUGGAUCUCCAUAUUCCCAAGGGAUGGGAUGUACCGCUAUCUUUCACCUUCAAGAAGACCAAGUCAAAUGAAAAAUUCCGUGCUCAGUUGUACGUGAAUGGAUACCAAUUCGGCAAAUACAUCAACAACAUUGGUCCACAAGUGGAUUUCUCAGUUCCUCAGGGAAUUUUGAACUAUCAGGGUUCAAACACAGUGGCACUAACGCUCUGGGCUCAACAGCCAAGCGGUGCUAAGCUUGAGGGCCUGUCCCUAACUGCGGGAACUCCUGUGUUGACUGCCCUCGAAAACGUAGAGCUUGUCCCUAUGCCAAAAUACGCGAAGAGAGCGGGCGCAUAUUAGAAAGGAUAUCGGCGAUCAAUACGGAGUCCACGUAUUAAUUUUAGACUGCCGGGCCAGUUUGCCGCCCUAGUUCAAAAUAUUUCCAGUCGUCCGUUGGCUUUAGAACGACUGGUUUGGUGGAGCUUCAUACGUCACUGGCCGAACCUUGCCGUUAGCCAAUCAGAGUUUGAUGAUUAUUCCCGAUGUCGCUUUUGACGCUUAUUCUGUCGGUAACCAGAAUCGUUUAGGUUUAGCGCGGGCCAUUUACGUAGUUAUCAUAUAUCAUGCUUUUCCUC